ACUAGGAAUAAUGACGACGGAGGAGGAGUCUCGAAUACAAGAUGACAUUAUUCAAAAAGCGAUGCGGGCCAUGGGUUGGGAUCCCAACUCGGAAAUACCCAUGGCCAAUAAGGAAAAUUUAUGUAUACUAGCCGAGAUGGAGCAAAUGGUGGAGGAGAAGCUACAAUUAUUGGAAUCCAAUAUACAAACAGAGGAUCGUUUAGAGAAAUUACUGCAGCAUUCAAAAAAUGCUGAAAUGUGUGUAAAUCAGAAUUUGAAACUUUUGCAAGCGCAUCAAUCGGAGGUUCACACUGAGGCACAUCUCUUUAAAGUAGCCGAGCGUGUGCAGUCGAAAUUGAAAGUCGACAUAAGGCGCAUCGAUAAGGAGACUGAGAGUUACAACGAAUAUGUGAACACCACCGAGAAGGAACUGUGUAGACGAAAAAAUGCCAUAGAUGAUUUGACUUCACGCGUAAAAUGGGCCAAAACGGUGUUGCUCGAAUGGCGUGACGCAAUGGAGGACACCAACAAGGGUUAUCAAUUGAUUGAGAAAUACUUCAAGGAAGAUCAAGUGUUGGCGCGACAGAAGGAUGCACGUCGGCAGCUGUUGCAUAACGAAUAUGAGAAACUCCGCAAAGAGCUGGUGAAAUUGUAUGAUGAACAGAAAUCACUGGAGCAGAAUAUUGAAUGUACAGCAGUAUUAUAUCGCACGGCGCAUAUGGAACGUCGCCAAAUGGUAGAAACAUGGAAGCUCGCCGUACAGCAGAUGUUGCAGCGUGAACGCGACGUGCGACACAACGAAGUGGAAUUGAGCAAUCUGAGGCGGGAGGCGGAGCGUGUGCUGAAGGAAAAAAAACGUUAUGAUGCAAAUUUGGAUAAUAUUAUAAAAAAUAAUCGUGAAGUGGAGCACACCAUAUCGGUGCUGAACGAAGAAACUUCGGAAAUUAAAGAGCAGAUACAAAAAUUGAUCGAUAUGACGAUUUUGAAGGAAAAUGAGGUGGAACUGCUGCAAAAGGAUCUACAGAAUCUUUCAAAUAAAGUGCAACAACAACGUAUGGAGAAUCGUAAAAUGUCUAAGGAUAAAGAUAAACGCACCAAAGCAUUAGAAGAUCUGAAAGUGUUGUUGCUGAAACUAGAAAGUCGUCUAAACGACAUGACAAAUAGGCACAUGAGCGCCGAGCAGCGUCUACAAAUGCUAGAAGAGAUGAACGAUGCAGCAGAGAAGUCGCAAAAUGAGAUAAAUAGAGAAAAAAUCCAACUAAAUGGCCUAAUCUAUCGGAGUCAGCAGGAUUUACAAGAGUUAAAGGAUGAAAGCAAAAGAUUGGAGGUCUCCAACAGCGGAUUAUCGGCAAGCGCUGCAACCGUCAUCAAAAAUACGAAGAAAGAGGAAAAGGAGCUAAGGCGCAUGACGGAGGUACACUACGAGGCGGCGUUCAAAUGCCUACAAUUUGAAAGGAAAAUCAUACAAAUACAAGGUGGAGAUUAUGAUCCGAUAGAGGAGGCAGAAGCACAGCAAUAUUUGACUAAACUAGAGGCUCAAAACAGUGCUUUGCAGCGACGUUUGCAAACAACCGAGGCACAGAACAAAAAGCUAGACUACAAUAUGCGCAAUUUAACUGAUGUUUACAAUGCCGAUAACAAAAAUUUGCAAAAUAUGCUUUUUGAUAUAAAAGAGGCACAAAUGUAUUGCGAGGGUGGCGUUAAGCGUCUCAGUAUCGAGAAGAACAAGAAUCAGCAGAAGAUUGUCGAGUUAAGUCUCUUGAAGAUGCGCAUCAAAGAGUUCGAAAACGAGAUGGUGGCAUGCGAAACUAACACCUAUAAUUUGGGCAAACACCGAUUACAAUUAAAUCGCACAAUGAAGGAUCGUUUAGUGGAGAUCAAAAGCCAAAUUGAUUUGUUGAAUCUGAAACGUAAACAUUUGAAUGAUGAAAGAAGCACAUUGCUGGCCGAUAUCGGCGAACGUACGAAACAUAUUGAUGUGCUGCGUGCCCGCUUCGAAUUGACUUCCAAGCUUAUGGGCAUGAAUGAGGAUGGCACUUUGGUUACAGCUACCCAACUGAAGGUGGAAGCAGCGCAAGAGAAGCAAAUGCUUUUGGAUGAGGGUAACAACUUGAAUGCGAAGGUCAUCAAGGCCGAAGAGGAUAUUAAAGCAAUGGAAAAUACUUUGAUGCUGCUGAAUAAUUCGAAUGACUCCUAUCGAAGUAAACUGAAUAAGAAAGUUGAUGAAGAUCAAGUUUUGGAAGAAGUAAAGCAAUUGCAAUCCAACUAUUGUCAAGCCUUGACCCAACUUAAGGCACUGCGUAGCAAGCAUCGACAAAUAGAAAAGGAUAAUGAUAAAAAUCUUGCACUAUGUGAAGAUCUACAACGUCAAUUAGAGGUUUUAACCGUCCGAAACCUGGAUAAUUUUGAAAUUCUAGAGAAAUUGCAAAAGGAACUUAGUGAUCAGAAAACCAAACUUCAACGCGCUGAGCGCGAAGUCAAGAAUUCUUUGAAAGCUGUAAAAGAACGUAAUUUGGGUAAAGAAUUUAUCGCAGGCUAUGAACGAGAAUUAGAUUUACGAGAGCUGGAAUACCGCAACUCAAGCGCGCUUAAUCAACUGGCUGAUAUGGCAGAGAACGAUGAUGAUAUUGGUCCAAAAGUGAUACGCAUUAUGUUGGAAAAGGGUUUGAAGAUGCCACAUUUGCUUCAGAAAACGCGCAGCUUUGCUUCGUGGCGCAGUGAUUUGUCGGAAACGUCCUCCUCCAGAGAAAUACCCAUUUCCACUACACGUUCCACGACGUCGGAUAGCAUCAGCGCAGCUAUACAACCAUCUGUUGUUUCUAUUGAUUUUACACAAUCUUAAUGUUGCUACCUCUAAUCUAUUUGUAUUGGCGGCUUUAUUUUUUUCCAAAUAAACCUUUCCAUAAAUUACAAUUA